AUGAACGAAACAAGGAUUCGCGACAUCAUCAGGAACUUUGCAAAGCCUGUUAAACAGCAUGGAAUCAGUUUUUGGGUUCCAAAACCUGAUUUAGAUCGUUUAUUUUCAGGAUUAUAUAUCUAUCCUGAAGAUGUUUGCUCUUAUCAAUCAAUGCUUGCAGGAUUGAAGAAACUAAGACGUAAUGGUGUUCAUUUCCUUGUAAAAAGCAAGAAUAUCUAUAGACAUAUCCAAAGUUUAGAAGGAGAUUUGACAAAACAAAUUGCAGAAAGGAUUGAACUCGAAUUAUUGAGAACACCAUGGUCGAGAACAGAAAACUUUGCCAGUGUUUAUGAUCUUGUUGAAAAAGACCCCAAAACAAAAAAGGUCAGAUGA